AUGCAAACCCUAACCCUAACUCCCACCCAGGUCCGCGUGGCCGUCACUCAGGCUGAACCGGUCUGGCUCGAUCUCGACGCCACAGUUGACAAGACUUGCAAGCUCAUUGCUGAAGCGGCCGCAAAGGGCGCCCAGCUGGUCACCUUUCCGGAAUGUUGGAUCCCUGGGUAUCCUGCUUGGAUCUGGUCCCGCCCCGUCGACAUGACCCUCUCCUCCCAGUACAUCCGCAACUCCCUUAGACUCGACUCGCCCCAAAUGGAAACCAUCUGCCGCUGCGCCGCCGAGCACAAAAUCAUCGUCGUGCUAGGCUACUCCGAGAACGUGCACAACUCGCUCUACAUCGCACAGGCCAUCAUUGGAGCAGACGGGAAACUCCUCACAACCCGCAAGAAGAUCAAGGCGACGCACAUGGAGCGGACAAUCUUCGGCGACUCGACGGGUGACUGCUUGGAUAGCGUCGUAGACACCGAGCUCGGUCGCGUUGGGGCCCUGUCUUGCUGGGAACACACGCAGCCGCUGCUGAAGUACCAUACGUACUCGCAGCGCGAACAAAUCCAUGUUGCGGCCUGGCCGCCGCUUUUCGCGCAUGGUGCGGGGGAGGGGUUGUUUUCUAUGUCGAGGGAGGGAACCAUCUCCCUCGCCCAGACCUACGCCAUCGAGUUGCAGUCCUUUGUGCUGCAUACGACCGCCGUAAUAAGCCAGUCCGGUAUCGACAGAAUGCGUACAUCGGCCGGAGUCGUCAUGAAUACUCCUGGUGGCGGAUGCUCAGCCAUCUUUGGACCCGACGGGCGGCAGCUCUCGACUUCGAUUCCCGAGACGGAGGAGGGUAUUAUCUAUGCGGACUUGGAUCUCGAUGAGAUCUACAAGUCCAAAGCAUUUGUUGAUCUGUGUGGCCAUUAUAGCCGGCCGGAUAUGCUUUGGCUGGGGGUUGAUGGCGGCGUUAAGGAGCAUGUGAGGAGUAGGGGGGCGGCGGUUGAUGAGCGUUAG